UAUUCAGUAUGUCUCAAUAUUAUAAUUCGCAAUACAAAAUGUGUUCAACGCAGAUAUAUCGGUGGCUCCUCUUCAUCAGCAUAAUAUCCUUAGAGAACCUCGCGAACGAAUUUGAGUCGCAAGAUGCUAUCUUUGUGAAUUUCCAUCGCAGACGCAACAUUUCGAAGGUAGCGAUACUUCACGACAACAGUUAUUUACCUCCAACUUCGAUUCCGGAUUUCUCCCUGCCGGAAGUGAUCAAUAACAGAGCUCGGAACGUAGCGGUCGCGGUAACGGACGAGACCAGAAACUAUCCCAACGCGUUGUAUCGUCUUCCUGAACGGGAUUCCUUGCGAAUCCCCACGCGCAAGGGUUCGUACGACACGAGGUAUCCGGGGAGCGACGGGUUGCGAAUACCUCUGCAUCAUCGUCGACCUACUUUCCAACAAGGCAAACACCCUCAACAGACCACAACGCAGCCUCCUUCUCCUUUCGGUGAAACAUCACCAUCCUUCGUAAACCGCGUUAGCGUUGAGGAGAUGUCCUGUCAGAACACGAGAGACGAAUUGUUCUUCAGAGCAACCAUCAAAGCGAAGAAUUCAGUUCCACCGGUGAUAGACAACGUGAUGGGUGAUACUUGUCGGGCAAUAGCAGUCAGGGACUCUUAUCGCAUUAGUUUUGAGAAAGACCAAGUCUGGAAUUGCGGGGUCGUUGAUUGUUCUACGGAUGGCAACCAAUCAUAUUGUCUCGAUCUGAGAUUCCCCGUGAUCUCCGGUCUACGACUGAAGGACGACCAUAGAGUAACGCUGCGAUGUAAGACCCAGAACAGAAUCGCAUAUCAUACGAGACAGAUCAGCGUGAAGACUUUAGAAGCGAAAGCGAGGAACAUACCAGGCGUGCUAAACGGCGGUGCUGAAAAUGCCCUGAAUAUUGACGUUGGACUAUUCAGGAAGACUUACGGCUCAAAAAACAUUUUCGACACGAAAAUACAAUCGGGUGGCACGGUCGUCUUAGGCGAAGAGAUUUUGUUACGCGUAUUAGUCAACGGCAACGACAGCUGGCGACACUCAAAGAUCGGCCAAGUGACAAUACAUUACAUAGAAGAGCAACAGCGGCAGAAAAUCGUUAACAGUCUGUUGAUUCUCGAUAAGGAUGGUUGCUUGAAUCCGGACGUGCACGAGAUUUGUCCUCGCGAGCAAUAUGCGAUGUCACCGUUGGAGAGCUACGUAAUUUUCCAGGCGUUCAUGUUUGAGGGCAUGAAAGAGACCGACGAGAUUUUCCUCACUGUGAAGGCCAUGGCAUGUGUAGAAUCUGUGGACUGUGUUCUGGACUGUCCCGGCAGUCACAUUAGACGUGCUAGAAGUAUCUUGGAUCGAAACAAUACUGUCGAGUGGCAGGAUGACAUUGUUCUGCGAGUGGUUCUUCCAAAAUACGAAACACGCGCUUUACAGAAUUAUUAUUUAGCAAUCCUGUUAUCAGCGACUGCGUUACUCGUGUUAAUCGCGUUGUUGUGGAUCGUCAGAACCUCGCUUCGUCAAAGGAUAACAAAAUUCUAA